CCAAAGCGCCUUGAAAUGGAUCAGUAUAAAAGAGCGAAGGCCUUGUUGAGAAAGCAGUUCGUCCCUGCAGAACAACUAGACAAGUAUUGCAACAGAAAUUCUCUGUUCUAUUUUGACGUCUGUUCUUUAAAAACGAAAAUGAAGACGGAAUUGAUUUUACUACUAAUUCAUUUGGCGUCUCUUACAUUGGCUGCUGUUGUUCCAGCAGCCGAUAAUGAAGUCACCGCUGUAGUUAUCACUUCAACCGAAUCGGUUGAAUCCGCUGAAUCAAUCGAGUCGCUUGGAAGCAACGAUCCAAAAGUUAUUAGCGGUACGCAGAUAGAAAAUAAUAAAGAAAACGAGUCCGCUGAAUCCACCGAGUCCAUCGUGUCCGCUGAAACAACAGACUCACCUGUAUUAGACAACGAUAUCCUAAAAGCGUCUAAAGCAAGCGUUGCAGAGGCGGCGAUUAAUUCAGCACAUUAGUUGACUUGAUGACUUUACGACGUGGGAGUAACAUUAUUACCAUAGAAACAUUAUACUCAAUUCCAAGACGCCAAUCUUUGUAAUUUAUUGGCUAUUCCAAAUACUUCACUUAUACUAAAGCAAAAUUGUUGAGUGGAGAAAAAUAUAAAUUGUACCGAA